AAAUCAUAAUGAAAAUCGAUCAGAGUUUCGGCGGCGCGUGAAAUUGUGCGCAGAGGCAAAUGUUUUAUGAACAAAAGUAUACGUGAUGCUACGUUGGUUUCUGUUAGCUCUAGGUUUUUAUACAACUAAAGGUCACUAUGAUCCACAACUUCUUACUGUUGGACCGGAGCAUGACACCCGGCGGAUCUUGAAAGGAACGGAAAUUUCUGACACCAGACCUUAUAUGGUAUACCUCCGGCCUGCCAAGAUGACCCCGGCCUUGGACCCCAACUGGCUCUGCGGCGGGGUGAUCAUCCACCCCCGCUACAUCCUCACGUCUGCCGCCUGCAUUGAGGAUGUCACCCACUUCUAUAUAGUGUCCGGAACCCACAGAUGGGUACCGCCAAAAGAGACCACCGAAUGUAUUAAGCAUGGUGCCGUCAAAGCAAUUUGGAAAUGUGUUCCAAAAACCUACCGUUUCGACGGCAACCAGUUCGACAACAUCCAAUGGAUGGCGAACGACAUAGCGGUCGUAAUGACGGCGGAACCGAUCAACUUCGAGAAGCGCGUGAUUGGCUGCGAUUUCAUCCCGCAAAUGAUCAGGUUUAACAACGUGAGCGACGAAUACGAGGCUCCAGAAACCUCUGCUUCUGUCGCAGGAUGGGGUACUACUGGAGACUUUUCAGACCCUGCCGACGCCAUUGAUUUCGGCGACGACGCCACCACUGAGAUCCCGGGGUUACCCGUAGUUGACAUCCCCAAGCCGGUUAAGAUCCCCAAGCCGGUUGAGAUCCCCAAGCCGGAUGACAUCCCCAAGCCGGUUGAGAUCCCCAAGCCGGAUGACAUCCCCAAGCCGGAAAUUAGUGAUAUGACCCGCUCUAGCAACUCAGUUGAGCUCAUGGAAGCUGACGUGGAAAUACUAUCGAAAGACAGCUGCAAGAGCCUCUGGCUGCCGCGGUACCACGACAUUAUCGACCAACACAUGAUCUGUGGGAAGAACAUCUUUUACGACGAGCUGCAUCUGGAAUGUGAGGAAGACCAAAUGGAGUGUAGAGAGUUAGUGUAUACGCCGGAGGACGGCGGCACCGUCCGGAGAGAUCGUGGCAGAAGAUUCGAACUAAAACAAUUGUUGCAAUCGUUGAAAAGGUUGAAAAGUUUGAGACGAGCGAGGCAAAAAUCAUUGAGAAGGGAAGGAAAAGAAAUUGGAGGGUUUUGUGAGAACGAUCACGGAGGCCCGCUGAUCACGGGCAACGGCAAGAGCUCAAUGGUGAUCGGCAUCAUAUCCGCCUACAGAACCCUGAACAACUCCAAGCGCUGCGUGGGCCCGUUCCUGUACACCAGCGUAUUCAACAACAGGCACCUCAUCAACUGUGCUAUUAAUAGGCAGUUGGGAAAACAAUGUAGGACUGUAUUAAGAGAUUCCAGUACGGUGCUAGACCAAGAACAUAUUAAUUGGGGUCGCACAUACAAGGACGGCAGGUCUGAGAACUCUAAGAAGAAAAAACAUCACGGCAAGAGGAAAUCACGAAACUCCAACCGUACCAUACCAAGAUAUGGUCAUCACAUGGUCGCUGUUAAACUAGUACAAAAUGACCGUAAAAUCAAUGAAUACGUAAAGGAAAAUAUGUCUGAAGCGCUUCUUUCCGGCCAGGGGGUAAAGGAAAAUAUGGCAGAAGCGUUUCUUUCCGGCCAGGAGGUAAACGAAAAAAUGUUAGAAGCGCUUCUCUCCGGCCAGGAGGUAAAGGAAAAUAUGUCAGAAGCGUUUUUCUCCGGCCAGGGGGUAAAGGAAAAUAUGACAGAAGCGUUUAUCUUUGGCCAGGGGGUGCCUGCGUACAAUAUGAUCAGACGCCACGUCCCGCCGCGGAAACGCCGCGGCCGCGCGCGUUUGGGUCGCCGCGGUAGCGCGAGUGUUGUUAACUUUGGCAAGCUUCGGAAUCAUAGUUCCAUCGCACUGCCGAAGGAAAAAUCUCUUAAAUCGAGGAAUUAGGUACGGCAGCCGCGCAGUGAAUAAUAAAUGUUUUGUAGCUUA